UACUAUGCAAAUACAAGUGCACAGUUGAGCAGUGCUUCUAUGGAUUAUUUUUCUAAAAUUGAUUGUAUUCUCAAGAAAUACUUUACGAUAGAAAUGCUUUUAAGACAAAGGCAUGAAAUUAUACAAUCACUUUACUAUUACGUUAUAACAGAAAAUAGAGAAAUGCCUAAUGACAAGCAUGCUGAGGAAAGCUAUGACACACAGCAAAUUCAUCUGGAUUCUCUUUUGAAAGACCUUCUUCCAAAUAACAUUAUUAAAAUAUACAAAAUUCAACGACAUCAUUGCGUUCAUAUUAACUAUGUUAUUAUUUUGGCAGAUCGUUCAUAUUUAUGUACAUACAUGCUACUUGUUAAUUCUGGCUUAUAUAAUAAUGAAAAAAUGCAAGACUUAUAUUUAGAUGAGCAGCCUUACAUGACAAACGUUGGCCCGGUACCUUUGUAUGAAG